CAAGUGAAAGAAUACAAUAAUUAGAUGAUAAAAAUGGCGACUUCCAUGAACAAACUGACUGACAAAAACAAUGAAGAGAUUUUGCACCACAUUGCGACACAGUUCUUUCAAAUGGUUCCAAUCAGACGAAUUCAGUGGACAGGAAAAUCUCUUUGCCCAGUAAAUAUUGGAGUUGAGGAGCAACAAGCAGUGCUUGAGGCUACAGUUACCAGUCCUUUGUGUUAUAAAUACCCAACCUCUCUAAGCUAUCGCCGGGCAUUUGUCAAGCAUCUGAUUCAGAAGCUUGAAGACAGUGAUGUGGAAUUAUGUGAUGAGAUUUAUGAGGUUUACACAGAUCUGCUUCAGGAAAUAGACGUAGAGGAUGAUACACUGUGUUACAAGUCUUAUUUUCUGCCCAAUAAAGAAGUGGUGAAUCUACAGGAGUCGGUACACAUCAUCUCACAGGGCACCACAGGACUCAGUACAUGGCAGGCUGCUCUUCAUUUGGCAGAAUGGUCUUUUGAACAUGAAUCUCUUUUUAAAAAUAAAAAUGUGCUUGAACUUGGCAGUGGACUUGGAUUCCUAGGAAUAGCCUUGUGUAAACAGUGUAAAAUGAAAUCCUUUACAUUCAGUGACUUCCAUCCACAAGUUCUGUUCCUCCUCAUGAAAAACAUUGAAAUCAACUUCCUCAAUGAGCAAUAUUCCUUGGAAUGCUCACCACAACUCUUAGAAAAUUGUGAGUCAAAAGACAGAAAAAUGUUGAAAAAGAUCAAAAAACAGAUAAGUGUAACCAAAGAACCAGCUGCAAUAGAAGAUAGCUGUGAAAUCAUGCAGAUCAGUUACAAUUCCAUGGUGUCCUCGGUAGAAACGGUUGAAACCGAUGAACAGGAAGUUGGUUCAGAACAGGAAGAGGAAGUGAGUAACAGUAAUGAGCAGAUUCUCUCCUCGAAUUCUCAUUGGAUGCCACUGAAUGAUUCCAAUGUGUAUGUUUUGAAGCACUGUGAGACAGUGAGACUGAUGAAGUUUAAUUGGGAGUUCUGCAACGAGAAAGAUUUGUCUGUGGUUCAACCUGAUGUUUUAGUUGCAGCAGAUGUGGUUUAUGAUAAAUCAAUCAUUCCAUUCCUGGUGCAUGUGUUGUACCAAUUCUUGUCUGGUGCUUUUGGGUCCUGGCCUGUGGCAUAUAUUGCAUCCACAGUUAGGAAUGAAGACACGAGGGAUCAUUUUCUUGUGGCUCUUGGUGGUAAAGGACUUCGGUAUGAAAUUAUGGAUCCACCAACAGAAAAAAUAUUCCUUUAUGAUGACAUCAUUCCAAUUGAGAUUUUGCGAGUAUGGCACCCCAGUAACAAGUCUUUAAAAAGUUAAAUUUUUUAAUGAUUCACAAAAUUUCUUGUGCUUUUGUAUUUAUAUUUGUAAGUUGUGCUUAUAAUGUUAUAAUAUAUAAAGUUUGCAAAACUUCAUAUCAAACACAAGAAAAGCAAAUGCUUUGUAAUUUAUAUUACUUUGUGAAGUAAAUGAUAUAUGAAUUAUAUGUUGGUAAAAAUGAAAUAUCGGGUAGCUAGUGGCAUUAAAAGCCAAUAAAAAGGCUUGUAGUUCAAUAUAAAAUAUCAUUUUAUUUGUGCCAAAAUAAGUUAAAACCAACUGGUAAUUGUUUUUUUUUUCUUUCAAAUAUCUAGUCAGUAGUCAUAUCAUUUUCAAAUGUUGCACUGAAUUGAUAGAUUUAUACUUAAAGUACAAUAUUUUGUUUGUACAAAUAUAUAGUUAUUUUUUAAAAACAAAAUUAUUGACUUUUUUCAUGAAACAAAUUUUUGUUUUUACAGCCAUACAUUUAUUUUUGUGACAACUGUACAAUUUUGUCUUGGAUUUGUAUUGCAAAUCGAGCAUUUUUGGAAAAUAAAUCUGUUAUUAAAUUUGUUUUGUUCAUUUAUUGAUCAAGAACAGAUCUUCUGUGCCAUAUGAAAAUGUGCACAUUUUCAUGAGUUCUUACAUGAAAGUAAAUGUAUAUUAUUAAAUGAAAAUUUAUAUUAUUUUAUAAUGUUUUAUACAAUUUAUUAAUUUUGUGGGUCUUGUAAAAGAAUAUUCAUGUACCAGGCCUAAAGUUUCUUAAAUUUGGUGAAAAUAGCAGGAAAUAGGAGAAAUGUUUAAUAAAAAUGCCUACAAUUUUUGUAUGAUUCAUUCCUAAAAAUUUUUGCUCAAUAUUUCCAUUGGUUGGAAAAAAACAAGUGUUUCUGUUGCUAAUCAAUGAUAUGGGUUUGAUAAAUUCUAUAUUUACAUUUUUUAUUUAUUUUAAUAUACAUAUUUUCUGUGUUCAUAAAUUGGUCAACAUUAUCUAUUAUCGGUAUUUUUUAUUUUUCAUGUUAACUUAUGUUUGUUGAUGAUAAAUUGUAUAUGAAAAAAUGUAAACAUUUUUAUCAUUGUUAAUCUAAUUAAGCAUUAAGCCCCCGGUUUUUUUUCCAUUAUUGACUUAUAUAUGAAUGCCUACUCUGACACCUUAGUCCUAUGUUAAAUUUUGCAGAUUUAAUGAUGGUCAGUAAAAGUAUAUCAAGAAAGUGUUCAGCUUAUCUCUCUUUGUUUUAUU